AUGGGAGCUGACCGGAUUGAAUGGACACGUGGAGAUAUUACAAAGUGGGUACAACUACCCAAGGAGAUAGCUCUGGAUUAUAUUUUGCUGACACCUGUUGGCGAGGGAACGUAUGGAAAAGUCUACGUUGCUGAAAACGCGCAUACCCAGGAAAGGGUCGCUAUCAAGAUUCUGUCAUUAUUGAAUGUGUCGGAGGGCGUUCCGCCUACAACCAUGCGAGAGAUGGCGUUGCUGAAGGACCUGAAUCAUCCCAAUAUUGUCCAACUGCAUAAUAUAUUUGUGGGCAUUGAGAGUAUCGCGUUCGUGUUUGAGUUGUGUGAAACGGAUUUGGGUCAAGUCUUGGAUAUUCGUAUCAAGAGCCAGACUUAUUUGGAUCGGUCAUACGUCCGUAGUAUAAUGUUGCAGUUGCUAUCAGCAUUGAAUUAUGUGCAUUCUAAGAAUGUGUUGCAUCGAGAUAUAAAGCCGCAGAAUGUUUUGUUGACGUCAGGUGGUAUUGUUGUGAAGUUAGCGGAUUUUGGUCUAUCAGUGAAGUACGGACUUUCACCGGAUCAUGAGCAGAAGUACUGCACAGCCAUAACGCUUUGGUACCGUCCGCCGGAGUUACUUUUAGGCGAGAUUUAUUACGGGCCGGAAGCUGAAGUUUGGAGUGUGGGUUGCUUGUUUGCUGAGUUAUUGAUGACACAGACAAUUUUGAAUGGAUCAUCGGAGUGUCAUCAGUUAAGAAAGAUUUUUAGUCUUUUAGAAGUUCCACAUAAUGUCUAUGAGAUCUUCCCGGAUCUAGACAAGUUACCAUUCUUAUAUGAGCCUAUUCAUCAUCGGAACUCUAGAUUAGCUCGGUAUCUUCCUUCAGUCGUUGACCCUAUAACCCAAGACCUUUUGUUACGAAUGCUUACAAUUGAUCCCAGACAACGAAUCACUAUUGAAGAGGCAUUGGCACACCCAUACUUUACACCGGAAACCACACAAGACAUUAUACCCAGCAUCACACCCCUACGUCUCGCCCAGAUUGCACAAAGUAUCGUACCUAAAUUGAAACAACAAGAUGUCAUAGAACCCAUGUCUUCAGAUACAAUAUACAGAGCCUCGCUUACCAGACUUGCCAAGAACGCGAUCAAAAAACAAGAAGAGGAAUGA